AUGGUCAGUAAUUUGAUGUCGCGUCUUUAUGGAAUGGACGUUAUCAACUGGGAGGAAUUGGUGAGUUACGAUGACCGCAACUUCCUGGUUAGUGUCCACAAAGAGCAUAAAAAUCCUCACCUGGAUUCCGUCGAUCCGAACGGCUACCUCCUUAAAGUCUUCAACUUAAGAGACUCUCAGAUACCACAAUAUAUAGAUGCCUUGUACGCUAUGACAGAUUUCAUUCGACAGAAAAAAGUCCCCACACCGGAACGAAUUCCAAAUCUGGAUGGAAAAUUCUUUUCACUACAAAAAAUAUACACCGAUUUGGACAAUCCAAGUUGCACAGAAUACCGCGAAUACAUAGUGGUGCUGCAGACAUUUAUUCCGGGUUCAACUCUUGAUAAAGUCCCACUAACCCCACCACUCUUUUAUAAAUGUGGGAAAUUUACUGGUUUCAUUGACAAAGCUCUCAAAGAUUUUUAUCAUUCUUACUAUGAGAAUCACCAAUCAAUUUGGAGCAUGGAAUUCAUACCAAAGUUAAAGGAUUUUACCUUUGCAAUUGAAGAUCAGAAGAAACAUCAAGUAGUCAAUGAAGUCAUUGAUGCAUACAAGUGGCAAAUUCUUCCAUUAUUUCCAGAAUUUCAAAAAGGUCAAAUUCAUGGAGAUAUGAAUCUGUUAAACAUCCUGGCACAAGAGAAGCCAUCAUUAACUGUGUCCACCACAUCAACAACAGACAAUAACAGCAGUUACUGUGUUACUGAAGACAAGGACAGGGACUACAUUCUUUGUGGAAUUAUCGAUUUUGCUGAUGCCACACAUUCCUGCCCAAAAAGAGUAGAAUACAAUGGUGAAUUAUGUGUGGGCAUUUGUCUUCGUCAAUAA